UGGUGGAGGCCUACCCAUUUCCCAGGAGCAUUGUAAAAAGUGGAUUUGGGUACAGUGUUUAUUUCCCCCUAAUAUCUUUGAAUAUUACACCUAAAAUAAUUAGGCCUACUUCUUUCCACUGCUGAGCUGAGACCAUUAGGGUUAAACAUUACAGCUAUAAAUGCAAUAUAUGGAGUAGAAAAGAUUGCCUGCUCACCAAAGAAUCAACAUACGUUCUACAUGGUCUAUUUCUAUCUGAAUGUAACACCUCAAUCAAGCAUGUUAAUUGAUCGUUAAGUCAUGUUUGUCAGGUAAAAGGUUAUUAGUGGCCUAUAUAAGCCUCAUACAGGCCAUGGGAAGACAUUACCUGUUGAUAACACAGACUAUUUUCAUGAUCAUGGGAGGUGUGAGAGAAUUACUGCUCUUUGUGUUGACUGUGGGGGUUGUCAAAGUUUCUUGUUACCCUGUUGGAAAAUCCCAGAAGCAAGAGCAAGUCUCUCUGCAGAGGAGACUUGGAGAGCUGUCAUCAAAUGACGUCUCCAUUGUGCAUGCCCUGGCCUUGCUCCGAUCCAUAGGGUCUGACGCUAAACAAGACAGAGAAGAGUAUUUUGAGACUAAUGAAGUAGAAUCCCAAGCUUCUCCAAACCAUGGUAGCUCUCCGGCAAAUGAUGCCCUGUCCUCUGACGACGCUACCUCUGAAGCUGCCACUGGCCCGUCUGACGACGCUACCUCUGAAGCUGCCACUGGCCCGUCUGACGACGCUACCUCUGAAGCUGCCACUGGCCCGUCUGACGACGCUACCUCUGAAGCUGCCACUGGCCCGUCUGACGACGCUACCUCUGAAGCUGCCACUGGCCCGUCUGACGACGCUACCUCUGAAGCUGCCACUGGCCCGUCUGACGACGCUACCUCUGAAGCUGCCACUGGCCCGUCUGACGACGCUACCUCUGAAGCUGCCACUGGCCCGUCUGACGACGCUACCUCUGAAGCUGCCACUGGCCCGUCUGACGACGCUACCUCUGAAGCUGCCACUGGCCCGUCUGACGACGCUACCUCUGAAGCUGCCACUGGCCCGUCUGACGACGCUACCUCUGAAGCUGCCACUGGCCCGUCUGACGACGCUACCUCUGAAGCUGCCACUGGCCCGUCUGACGACGCUACCUCUGAAGCUGCCACUGGCCCGUCUGACGACGCUACCUCUGAAGCUGCCACUGGCCCGUCUGACGACGCUACCUCUGAAGCUGCCACUGGCCCGUCUGACGACGCUACCUCUGAAGCUGCCACUGGCCCGUCUGACGACGCUACCUCUGAAGCUGCCACUGGCCCGUCUGACGACGCUACCUCUGAAGCUGCCACUGGCCCGUCUGACGACGCUACCUCUGAAGCUGCCACUGGCCCGUCUGACGACGCUACCUCUGAAGCUGCCACUGGCCCGUCUGACGACGCUACCUCUGAAGCUGCCACUGGCCCGUCUGACGACGCUACCUCUGAAGCUGCCACUGGCCCGUCUGACGACGCUACCUCUGAAGCUGCCACUGGCCCGUCUGACGACGCUACCUCUGAAGCUGCCACUGGCCCGUCUGACGACGCUACCUCUGAAGCUGCCACUGGCCCGUCUGACGACGCUACCUCUGAAGCUGCCACUGGCCCGUCUGACGACGCUACCUCUGAAGCUGCCACCGGCCCGUCUGACCAUGCCAUUGAGGAACUGUUGACUUCUGCAUCUCAGCCCCCGUUGACCACAAACAUGGAUAUCUGACGUGGGACAUGGUGCUCGGGGUCCAUGCAAGUGUUCAUGGGUUUUCUAGUCCAGGUUGUGUGUGUAAAUGCAUUUUCUUGUUUUGGCUCAAUUAAACGCUAACUGUAAUUGUGUCCUCAGUAUUGU